UGAUCGUAAUAUUAGUAUUUUACCACUUUUUGAGCUGUGACUUGCUGUGACCCGUGUCGAUCUACCCAAACGUGUGGAAUGGUAUGAUAAGGGCGCUGAGAACAAUAUUAACAAAAGCAACCAGUUUCUGUGGACGUGUGCAAUGGCAGAAGGUGGUCCCCAGCCGGCCUCUCUUGGCCCAUCGUCUGUAGACAGCACCGAUCUGUCGGACUCGAACCUGCUCGAUUGUCCUGUAUGUCUGGAGCAGUUACGUCAGCCGAAGUCUCUACCGUGUCUCCAUUCUCUUUGUGAGGAAUGUUUGAGUAGGUACAUCGUCAAUGAGGUGUCGGGGACGAGCGAUGCGACGACUUCCUUUACCUGCCCGGUGUGUAGGACGUUAACUCACCCCAUGGACAAAACAGAGGACAAAGAAAAAUGGGCCAAGCAGUUUCCAACUGACAAUGUUGCCAUAGAGAUUAUACAACUGAAAAACGGGACGACAGAACCACAUUACUGCAUGCCCUGCCAAAAGAAAGGGAAGAUGACAACGUCUGCACAAUUCUGGUGUAAAACAACCCAGUCUUUAUUCUGCCAGUCCUGUAAGGUGGAUUUCCAUGAUAUGAUUCACAUCAACUGUGACAUCGUAGAUAUAACAGAGUCGAAGAGUUUCCUACUAAAGCAGUUAACAUCUGACAAGACAUGUGAUAAACACAAGGAAAAGAUGGAUUACUAUUGCAUGGACCACAAGUCCCUUGGCUGUUGUAAAUGUAUCACUGUUGGUCACAGAAAAUGUGAAGAAGUGGCGACGACAGAGGAUUACUGCGAGAAACUGGAAAGCAGUUCACGAUUACAGGAAAUGACGAAAUCUCUACGACAAGGGACAGAGGCAAUGGAAUCUCUAAUCAGAGAUUUUUAUCUUCAGCUUCAGAACAUUGCUGACGACAAAGACACAGCACUGAAAAGCAUCGAAGACCUGCAUGAACGGAUAAAUAUAUGUAUCAACGACAUGAAAAAGGAAAUAACAGACGACUUGGUCAGAGCGUACAAAGAGGAGAAAGAAAACCUGAAGCUAUCUAGUCAGAAAUGUGAACGGUUAAAGGUUGCUAUACAGAACACACUGGAGUCGUCCACCACAGCAAUGCAAGGCAACGACCACAUUGAAACAAUCCUGCUAUACCAGAGAGGUCAGACGGAGGUCGAAUCCUGUAAGGGUUUGGUGAGAGAGAUGCGGAAAUCCCUUUCAACUAUCACUCUUGAGCAUAAAACUGACCCUGAUGUGACAAGCCUGGGCAAAGUUUUGAAUUUUGGGAAAAUCGUUGUCCGAAAGCAGGGGAGAAUUUCUCCAUCUGGUACAAAGACAUUCGCGAAACCUUUAUCCGAAUGUGAAGUGAAGGAAGUAAGAAAGGUCAAUAUCAAAUGUCCAUCCGAUACGUCUGAUUGUGCUGCACGGGGAGUUGUUUACCUUGACGACGGCAGAAUUGUGGUGAGUGAUUACAGAAACAAGAAGAUCAAGCUGAUCAACACAGAGGGAGAUAUUGUAGACGAGCUGAAGAUGGGUGGAAAUCCCUAUGAUCUGUGUAUGGUGGACAACUCCACGGUGGCGACUGCUAUAGACAUCCCUGGUGGUAUACGUAUACUGACAGUCACUCCCUCCAAACUUACCCUGGCGUCUGAAAUAAACACAGAGAUGCCAUGUUACGGUAUAGCGUAUAGAGAUGGCGGAUUCGUCGUGAGUUCAGGAUCCGAGGUUUUCAGUGUGAUCCGUGAUGGUACAAAAGUAACGACACAGAAACUAUAUGGGGGUACAGAUACAGUAUUUGCUUUGUCUUAUGAUUCAAAGUAUGGACGACUCUACACCACCAAUUACUCAUACAGUACUGGCAGUCAGGCUGUUGGUAAGUUGUCAGAUGACAACAAGCACUCUGACGUUUUGAAGGUUGGUGUAGUUAAGACUGCGUAUGGAGUGGACGUAGACGGGGAGGGUAACGUCUAUGUCUGUGGUUACGGCUCCAACAACGUGGUACAGAUGUCCGGGGACGGGACCAACGUCCGGGAACUGUUAACGGCAGCGGACGGUAUCGACAACCCUGAGGCAAUAUCUGUAUGUGGGGAUAGGCUUGUGCUCACCAACCUUUCCUCCAAACAGUGUAACUUUAUCACGGUGUUUCAACUUAUUUGAUAAACAAUUUACACAUUGACACCUAAUGUGAGGUUCAUUAUGGGUCUAAUUGAAAAUAACUCUAUUUUUUUACUUUCAAAACUUAGUAAAAUGUACUCGCAAUCUACAAAUAAUCAACUUAUAAUAUGUAGAGUAUAAUUAGUGUGACCGGUGUAUUUUUCCUCUCAAUUGUAGCCAAAGACUAUAUAAUAAGCUGAAUAUAGGAGGAAUAUAAUGCCGAUACAAUCCGACCCUUCGCUUUAAAUUUCAUUCUUUUUUUUUAGUUUAGUGAAUUAUACUUAUGUUAUCUUUCCAUUAAGAUAUACACAAUGAAAUUGUUUUAACAAAUAUUUUCAAAAAUGACAAAAAAAUAUGCCUGUGUUAAAAUUCCAUUUGGAAUGAAAAUUAAAGGAUUUCC